AUGGACUGGCACGCGAGGGCUAAGACUGGCGUUAGGGCUGCUACCGCUGGCCGUAUCGAUAACGAGAGAACCUUGGACAGCGCCUUGUUACUGAUCGAAACACUACCAGAAGAGAUCCAUCAGGAGACUUACUACGGUAGUAUUAGCAGAUACAGAGGCGGUCACACGGAUGAAGCGACGGGCGGUCAAAACGUUGUGACCCAACUCAGCAUGCACAGGCCAUUACACAAGGUCUCACUCAGCAUGCACAAGGUCUCACAAACAAGAGAGCAUCAACGAGCCAUGAAUCACAUUCACGGCUUUGAGCACCCUUAA